AUGUCUACAGCUGAAGACUUUACGGUCACAGCUACCACAACCAACACCUAUGACUCAGCCUUGGACACAUCAACAUUUGAAUAUUCCUAUGACUAUGAAGAUGAAGUGUGUGACGAAACAAGUAUCAUGUCUUUUGGAGCGAUCUUCACCCCAGUUUUCCUCUCCAUUGUGGUGAUCCUCAGUCUGUUUGGCAACAUCCUGGUCAUUGUGAUUGUGGCCAAGUAUGAGAAUCUCAAAUCCCUGACCAAUACUUUCAUCCUUAACCUGGCUGUAUCGGAUCUCGUCUUCACCACAGGUCUGCCAUUCUGGGCCUACUACCACAUGUAUGGAUGGACUUUAGGUGAGCCUGCAUGCAAAGCAGUCAACUUUGUCUUCUAUGUUGGCUUUUAUAGCAGUGGUAUCCUCCUCAUUCUGAUGACUGCUCAUCGUUUCGUAGCUGUCAUGAAUCCUCUGUCCGACAUUGUGUCAACCAGAGGCUUCUACAGUGUCCCAGUGUCUGUGAUCGUUUGGGCAGCAAGUAUCUUGACUGCCAGUCCAGCCUUCAUCUUCACCAAAGUCCUGGGCCAGAAUUACUGUGUAUAUGCAAAUUCGUACUGGAGCUUAUGGGGAAUCUACCAGCAAAAUAUUCUCUUUGUAGUGAGUUCAGUGGUAUUCGUUUUUUGCUAUUCUCAGAUCAUAUGCAGGUUGCUGCAUCCCACUGCCAGAAGAAGAAAGAACAAAACAUUAAGACUAAUUUUUACUCUCAUGGUUGUUUUCUUCGUAGGCUGGGCACCUUACAAUAUAGUAAUAUUUCUACAGUCAUUGUAUUUCGGGCACCAACAAUCUGCUGACUCAGAGGCUUUAGCUGCAGUUUGUGAAACACACAAGCCACUGCAAUAUGGUUUUUACAUUAGUCGAAUUUUUGCCUAUUCACACUGCUUCCUCAACCCUGUAUUUUAUGUGUUUGUGGGGGUUAAAUUCAAAAACCACUUGAAGAAAAUGCUGAAGAGCUUGGGCAACAACAAAAGCAGCAUCCGCAGUAGACAAAGCAGACUUACAAUCACAUCACUAACAGGUAGGGAAGAGUUAUCGAUGUAG